AUGUUUCUCCAGCAGACCCGAGGAAAGCCUCUCCAGCUCAGCAUCACCGCGGCCUGUGGUUUUGGAUUUCUUCUUUUUGGUUAUGACCAGGGUGUUUUUGGUGGACUGCUCGAUAACAAACAUUUCCUCCACACCUUUGGAAACCCCAGUACCACGAUACAAGGCCAGAUCGUGGCCAGCUAUGAUCUUGGAUGUAUCAUCGGCACGCUAGUGUCCAUGUUCUUUGGAGACAAACUAGGGCGGCGACGAUGCAUUCUGACCGGGUCGUGCAUUCUCAUCAUCGGCGCCAUUGUGCAAACCGCGGCAUACUCCAUGGCGCCUAUGAUUGUUGGCCGUGUGGUGGCCGGAAUCGGCAAUGGCAUGAAUACGAUUGCGUGCCCGGUUCUGCAGUCGGAGACGGCCAGGCCAAAAGAUCGGGGGAAACUCAUUGUCCUCCAGUUGGUCUUGAAUAUUUUUGGGAUUGUGGUUAGCAACUGGAUGAAUUUUGGUUUUACAUAUAUUCCGAAUUCCUCUGUUAGCUGGCGCUUCCCUCUUGCCUUUCAGUGUUUCUUUGCUCUGAUUACCAUCGCGCUCAUAUCGGUGGCUCCGGAAUCGCCCCGUUGGCUGCUGAUGAAAGGUCGCACCAGCCAGGCUCAGGAUAUCUAUGCUCGACUGCUGGACAAGCCCUACGACGACCCGAUGGUGAUGGAGGAAAUCCAGAGCCAGACGGCCAGUCUUCACCAGGGGGCGGAACUGCAGCAGUCGAAUCCGCUCAAAGAGAUCUUCACCGCGGACAGCAAGCAACAGACCCUGCGGAGGAUUCUCCUGGGCGCAGGGACGGCCAUUUUCCAACAGGUCGGAGGCACCAACGUGAUCGCAUAUUAUCUUCCCAUCGUCCUGACGCGGUCGGUUGGGCUGAGUAACCGGCUCGCGCUGGUUCUCUCCGCCUGCGACUCCAUCUCCCUGAUGGUCUGGGGCGCCGUCGCCGCUCUUCUCAUCGACCGAGUCGGCCGAAAGAAGCUGCUGUUAAUGGGCGUCACGGCCAGCAGCAUCUGCUUCGCGCUCGUGGCGGUUGGAUUGCGAUACGGCGGCCCCGACAACGCGGGCAUGUCCAUCCUGGCGGUCGUCUUCAUCUUCGCGUACUAUGUCUUUUACGGCCUGUCGCUUCUCUCCAUCCCCUUUAUGUAUCCGGCGGAAAUCAAUUCGCAGAAGAUGCGUAACAUCGGCACCUCGUUCGCCACCACCGUCAACUGGCUCUUCGUCUACGUCGUUGUCGUCGCCACUCCGACGGGGAUUGAACGUAUCGGGUGGAAGUAUUACAUGCUCUACGCCAUCUUCAACUUCCUCUUCAUCCCGGUCAUCUGGUAUUUCUAUGUUGAAACCGCCAAUCUCUCGCUGGAACAGGUAGAUCGGCUGUUUGAGAUCAAACACGAUGCAGGGAAGGAUAUGAGUUGGUCCGAGGCAUACCGGAUGGCCCGCAUGGAAGUUCCAGUAGUGGAACUUUCUGCUAAAGACGAGGUUGAAUCGGAGCAUUGUGAGGUUGUUACUUGA